GCGGUGGAGGAGCUGGUUUCCGGAGUGCGGCAGGCGGCCGACUUCGCCGAGCAGUUCCGGUCCUACUCCGAAAGCGAGAAGCAAUGGAAAGCGCGCAUGGAGUUCAUCCUGCGCCACCUGCCCGACUACCGCGACCCGCCAGAUGGCGGCGGCCGCCUGGACCAGCUGCUGUCACUCUCCAUGGUCUGGGCCAAUCACCUCUUCCUGGGCUGCAGUUACCAUAAAGACCUUCUGGACAAGGUGAUGGAAAUGGCAGACGGAAUUGAAGUGGAAGACUUGCCACAGUUUACCACCAGAAGCGAAUUAAUGAAAAAGGAGGAUUCAAGCACAAAUAUAUUGAGUGCACAAGUUUGAUUUCUAACCACCAACCUGAGGCACCUGCUCCCAGCCUGAUCAUGAGCAAAAUUAAGAAAGCAGCAGUAGCUGCUUUGCUGAGCGAUGGCGGGUGUCAUCGCCGGGAAGGUCAGUUGGUUUUUCCACGAUUAAAGUCUUUAGCAUGGAGGAACGAGUGAUUAAUCAGGAAGCUGUCAUUAUUGGCUCAAUGAAAAAAGUUGUCUGCCUAAUUGUUCCAGUUUUCCUGAGAACAUUUUUAUCCCGAGAGGAAAAAUGGUAGACGAAAUAUGAAGAAAAGUGCAAACAAGCAUGCCCACAUCUCAAGGGGUUCUCUUUUGUGCACUGUGCCCAGUCUUGGCAUGCGCUGAGGUAACGCUUUGGUGAAAGCAGCCAUCAUGUUCUAAGGUGGGGGAAAAAAAAAAACAGCCCUUCAGACUCUUUCAAUAAGAGGUUGUCUUACAUCCCAAGAUAAAUGCAUACUUCACAGAGCUGCUUGUCUUUUUGUUUAAUGUUCUGGAAAUAGAAGUUGAGCCAUCUCAGACUCCACAGGCCAGUCUUGUCUGGUACCCGAGGUGGGUAAACCGCCUGCCAGCACCCUGUGAGGAAGGCUGUACUUGCUGCAGCCAGGACCACUUAGAGUUGCAGUGCUGCUGUAGGCUGGGGUGCGCU